CCCGAAGCACUCCGUGGACAGAGGGGAAACUCUCUGCUGGUUUUUCCACUGCUCCUUUAUUCUUCUCCAGUGGUUUGGUCUGAUUUGCGCCGGUCUGCAUGGCUUUGACUGACAUGGCGCGGCCCACCUCCGGCGCCGCAUCGUGUCCGUGUCUCCAGCCGUUUCACCGGUGUCAAGAUGAACGCGCCGCAGACAUCCAAGUGGAGUUCAGCAUCGUCCAGUCUCCGCUUUUGUCGUCCAAAGACGACGACGAGCUGGGCAGGUUCGUGGACCUCGAGUUCAUCUUGUCGAACAGCCUGGGUUCGGACGCGGUGAGCGGCAGCGGGCGCACGUGCGCCUACGCCCUGCCCGAGUCCCCGGAGAGCUGCGCCGACCGCUCCUCCCCGCAGGAGCUCCACGGCUACCACGGCGCGGUCCGCUUCACGGAACCCGACCCCUUGCGCGGUCUCAUGGCGGAACUUCUCGCCCCUGACGUCAACUACGCGCCCGAGAGCGAGAGCGAGAGCUCGGCGGGAGACGGCCGAGAGUACACCCAACUGGGUGCGCUCGAUCCGGCCACGCGCGCCGCCAGUUUGGCUCACUACAAAAUGAAAACCGAGUCCAGCGGCCAGUCGUGUAUGUUGGCCGGCGGGGACUCGACGGGGGGCCGCCCAUUCAUGCAACAGCAGAACGCGACCGCUGGGUUCGAUCCGGGGCGCGCGGACUGUCAUCUGGCGCACCUGGCGCACCUGGCGCAUCUGGAGCGCACGCGUCAUCAGCUCCAAAGCAGCUACGCCGGCAGCCCUUACCGUUACGCGCAGCACGACGUGCCCGCGCGCUUCCACGGACACCACGGCGCGCACGCAGACGUGCGGCGGCUCAUGCUCACGCCGCCGUCGUCGCCGUCUCUUUUGGAUUUGUACGCGCAAGACGAGGCGGGCGGCGCGAAGCAGAAGCGAGGGCGCAGGUCGUGGGCGCGAAAGCGCGCCGCCACACACAGCUGCGAAUUCCCGGGAUGUGGCAAAACGUACACAAAGAGCUCGCACCUCAAAGCGCACAUGAGGACGCAUACAGGUGAGAAACCCUACCACUGCAACUGGGAAGGCUGCGGCUGGAAGUUUGCCAGGUCGGACGAGCUGACGCGUCACUUUCGCAAGCACACUGGACACAGGCCGUUCCAGUGCCACCUGUGCGAGAGGGCCUUCUCCCGCUCCGACCACCUGGCCCUGCACAUGAAGCGGCACAUGUAGACACCGCGGCAGGGAGGUCCUCGUCGCCUCCGCAAAGCCUUGUACAUAUAUACAUAUAUAUAUAUGUGUAUAUAUAUAUAUGUAUAUAUAUAUGUAUAUACCUGUGCAUACAUUGAGCUAAAUAACUUUAGCACGUCUUCAAUAAGUUAUUGACUCUUGCUGAAGGCCUGCACGUUGGGCAGGACCCAGAAUGCUGCACCUAUGUGGUUUUUUUGUUUGUUUGUUUUUGUUAUUUUACCCUUUAAAGUGUACACCGGUGUCUUUGAUACUGCUUAAUUUGUAUAUAUUUCUGUACUUUUUUUUUUUUUUUUUACUCCCAAUUUUCUUACGUUGGCAAAAGUGAGAAAUGUCAAAUUAUAUCUAUUUUUUUUCCAUUUUUUUUUUUGUGACGGUAUGAGUGAUUCUGAUUCCAAAGCAAAAAUGAAGUGCAAUCACUUAAGAUCGCAGGACAACUAUUAUUAUUAUUUUUAUGAUGAUUAUUUUUUAAUGAAAUUAUAUAUUUGAAGUGAAGAAAUGCAUUUUUACAAUUUUCUUGAAUGAAAUUUGUACUUCAGGGAUCUAAAAUAAAAGUAGUUUAAAACAU